UUCUUUUCACAUACAAGCGCACACCCACCCACAAAAGCUUCCUGUGUGGGGGGUAUUGGCUCUAAAACCUUGUGCUACAAAGUGUUGGGCAGAAAGACAGAGAAGGCCGCAGACAGAGAAUAAACGCUAGGUAUGCAACAAAAAGAGUGAGAGAAUCUGAAGGAAGAAAUGAAGGGCGGAGAGGGUCACAGUGAUACUUCGAGUUGACCACAGAACUAGUGAACAGUUGCUGCCACUGCUUCCGUGACGACACAUCGCACAGUUCCUCAACUCAACUGUAGACCUACAAGAAACGCACGUAGAGAGAAAGCCAAAGAUGGACACCUUUCAGAAGCCCACCGAUCUCCCCUCUCUCUGACAUGACGGAGGAAGCUGCUGUGACACACAUCAUGCCAUGGACGCCCAAGCCUGCAUUCUGAGGGACCUACUGGCCCAAAUCGGCAGCAAGGAAGCAGAACAAGAAGGGGCAGAGAACGGCUUCGCCGGAGAGUUUUUGAAACUGAAGAGGCAGUCUACAAAAUAUCGAGCAGAGAAGACAUACCCCUCCACAGCUGCGGACAAACAAGAUAACGUGAAGAAGAACAGAUACAAGGACAUUGUUCCCUUUGAUCACAGCAGAGUAAAGCUCUCCCUCAUUAAAUCCAAACAUGACACGGACUACAUUAAUGCUAGUUUCAUUAAGGGGGUGUUGGGCUCUAGGGCUUAUAUUGCCACACAAGGCCCGCUGCCAAACACUGUGCUGGACUUCUGGAGGAUGCUGUGGGAAUACAAUGUGCAGGUUAUUGUGAUGGCUUGCCGAGAGUUUGAAAUGGGAAGGAAAAAAUGUGAGCGUUACUGGCCGGAGUCAAAGGAGGAUGUGUUUGUGUGUGAGCCCUUCACCAUACACUAUGAGUCUGAUGAGAAUAAGGGAGAAUAUUUGAUAAGGACGCUGAAGGUGACGUGUAAACAAGUGUCCCGGACACUGAAACAGCUGCACUAUGUGAACUGGCCGGAUCACGGAGUACCUGACUCCAUUCCUGCCAUCCUGGAGCUGCUGCAGGACAUGCGCAUUUACCAGGAUCAUGAUGAGCUUCCCAUCUGCAUUCACUGCAGUGCAGGCUGUGGGAGAACGGGUGUAUUGUGUGCCAUCGACUAUACCUGGAAUCUACUGAAGAGACAGAUGAUACCAGAGAAUUUCAGCAUCUUUGAACUGGUAAAGGACAUGCGUACACAGAGGCCCUCUGUGGUUCAGACUAAGGAACAAUAUGAACUAGUAUACAGGACCAUCAAGUUGCUGUUUGAGAGAUAUCUAGCAGCAAUGGAAGAACCAAACAGAGAGGUCCCAGCUUCCACCUUACCUGUCACCAUAAGCAGUGGGAGUGAGCUCUCAGAUUUCAGCGACUCCGAAUCAGAGACUGAGACAGACUUCAGAGCGCUGCGUCAAACUGAGCACAGGAGAAAUGAGAUGGAAAUCCUAAUGGAUGAACACAAUCACAUUACACAGAAAAUCCCUUCUUGGCCACAACCACAUUUACAUCCUUUCAGUCAAGAGGUCAUCUCCACCAAAGUCAGUCCUGCAGACAUGCUCAGUACAAUGAGUGAGGCCCAGAUUAAAUAUCAGAGGUCAAUCGUAGCACCAACUCCUCAAAGAGAUGUUACAACCUGUGGAUAUCAAAAAACUGAGCCAUCCACCAGCCUCAACACUGAUCUUACCCAGGCUGCAUGUUAUCAUCCCAUCAGCCUAGUACAGGAGCUGAGGCCAAAUAUGAAGCAUCUGGAGCGGGAAGAAAACCAAGAUGUUAGUCCCGUUGGCAAAGACCACAAGCCUAUUAUCUCCAGCACCCUCUGCUUUACUGUGGAAGAUCCUUAUUUUGGUCCUGAGUCUCCACCAGCUGGUGAAAAUCCCAGUGUUAUGGACUCUAUGGUUCAUGAAAUCUGGAUGGAGAACCCUUGUCCCACAAUACCUAGUUUAGUGCUUAAUAACCCUUGUCUUACAAUACCUAGUUUAGUGCUUAAUAACCCUUGUCUUACAAUACCUAGUUUAGUGCUUAAUAACCAGGUGUUGGAACUGCCAAUACAUAACUGCAAUGAUAAAGGUGCAAAUACACCUUCAUCUGAUGAAGACACCCCUCCUCCUUUGCCAGAGAGAACCCCGGAGUCUUUUAUACUGGCAGACGAAAUGAACGGACCUCUAAGCAAACCAUUUAUUUUGGCUACAGACUUGACAACUUCCUUUUUAUCUGCAGCAUCAUCUAUUCCACUCAGUCCUAUUGCGAUCACAAGUCACAGUCCUCCUCCCCUACUGUACAAACAUCCACAGGAUAUCAGUGAAACCAGUGAGCUGUUGACAUUGGUGAUCCCAACCAGCUCAGGCUCUGAGAGUGUCAACAAAGACAGCCCACCCUCACCAGUACCCCCACUGCCUGAGAGAACUCCAGAGUCUUUCGAAAUGGCCAUGGAUAAAGAUUUGGUACAAAAUGUGACACGGGAAAUGCCACAGGAUGUUGUAAUGAGAGUUGGGAAAUCUUUAGAAUGGUCUGGGCAAACAUCUGAAGCUCAGACAGACAUGAAACGAUCCUGGUCAAGGAGCAAGAGCCUAAAACUUAGAAUGUCACUUCCUGCAUCAUCUGUUCCACUCAGUCCUAUUGCGAUCACAAGUCACAGUCCUCCUCCCCUACUGUACAAACAUCCACAGGAAUCUCUACUACACACCCUAACACCACAUGAGCAGACAUCUGAGACGUUCAGACCAGUUCCAGGGACAGAAACUGUCACUCCACCACUUCCUGAAAGAACUCCAGAAUCUUUCAUCUUUCACACGGAGAAAGUGUCUGACAACAACGCCCUCUGUCUGCCAGCUGAGCCCGAGCAGCAGAGACUGAGAGUGGGCACAUCAUCUGAAUGGUCAGGCAGCUCCCAACCCAGAUCCUUCCUGGAAAGUUCUUGGAGCCGAAGCAAGAGCGUAAGAGCAAAAAGUUCAAAACAAGCUGUGUUUAAUUUUACAGAGCCUCUAUCUGUGGCUCCGCUGACUCCUCCAGUCUCUGUAACCAUGGCAACUGGAGGCAAAGCUUGCCCUGUGGCCAAUACAGUAGAGCACCAGACGGCACCCAGCAGUCAGCCAGCAGCAACGGGACCAACAGACAACCGGACAAACCGAGGGGGCGAGAAAACUUCACUGGUCAGCAAGGCCAGGACCAAGAGUAUUAAGUUUUUGAAAGGAAGACAGAGGCCAAAAACAGCUCCGCCUCCGAUCCCGCCCCCAGCUCCACCUUCAGCCCCUCCCCCAGCCCCGCCUCAGUCUGCUCCACCACCCUAUGGUGCUGCUGUUGGAUUCUUAUUUUCUUUCGGAUCUCGUUUUGGAAAGCCAAAAGGCCCACGAAGUAAACCAGAAACAUGGGUCUAGUUCAUGUCGAUGGUGAAAGGAAAGGAGAACAGCCUCGCAAGACAGUGCAACAGGGGACGAGCAAAGAUUUCUUUCAGCCACAGAGACUGUGGUUUUUGAGUGAUAACAGACCAACCACUGACCUCACACAACAGAUGGACAUACAGAUUCUGUAUAGAGGUGUAAUGCAAGAGAAUGCCCUGUUUGAACAUUGAACCGUUGCAACGAACUUCCAACUAAAAUGUAUAUAAAAUGAUUAUAAUUGUGCAACUUAAGACAAGAUAUUAAGAGAAGAAUGUACUGAAAUGUAGACACUUCCAUAAUCACAUAGGUAACCUUUUUAAUGUAUUUUAUAAUACAUACAGCUGCAGGUAUGGCCAAACAAGCCUUUCUACAUUAGGCUACUAAUGAUUGUGAAUAACUGUAAUCAAGUUUAUGGUUUGUGACAGUGUUUAACUGUGUCUGGUCAUUUGCCUUUAAGAAAUGCUUCAUCUUGGUACACUCAUAAAAUGGUUUAUUUAAAAAAAUACAGAAAAAGUCUAUGCAUUCCAUUGCAUUUUUACACAAUUGAAAAGAUCCACAUGACAGUUCUAUUAAAUGUAACUUAGCAUUUACAAAACAUUA